GUCGACCUCAGGGGCGAUCUACUUCCUGACCACGCGGAACGAGCUGAGAACGAGCGGGUCCAGUGGGAGCAGCGGGGCGGUGUUAUCGAAACAGGCAACCGCAAGACGUUGGUGCUGAUGCGCCUCAGGCCAAGUCUCACCAAGCAGAGGGCGCCAGGCCCAGGCGCGAUACGCUUGCCUGAUUGGACGCCGUUCGCUCACAGGAACUUGAGCAACAGGAGCGUUGUGCCCCAAACGUGCGGUGCAAAAACGCACAAGGUCAAGGUCGCAGGGAUGCUCCACGACCACGUCGUGCACCAGAGGAAGCGGCUCAUGAAGAAUGGCAUGCCCGUGAAGAAGAACGGCCGCCAGAUCAUCGACAGGUUCUGGCAGCACUUGCGCGGCUUCAUCAAGGCCAGGAAGAGUUCCGUUGGCUCGGUGUCAUUGAACGCCAGGGUCCCAUCGGCCCAGUGGGCCUACUGGCAUGCCAACGAGGACCUGUGGCUGGAGACUGGCAAGAUGUUCAGCCGCUUGAGGGGGGAAUUAGCUUGUAGACUGCAGGCUUAG